AUGAGGCGUUCCAGACUCACUGGACGAUCCAAACCUAAAGACACAGAAUUUGGAUGGUACUUCGCCGGCGAGCCAAUGGACAAAAAGCAGUCUAGAGGCGGGCGGAUCAAGCUGGUUCGUUACGGGCCGGAGGUGGAAGUCUGUGCCCACAGCCGAUGCCCAUCGCCAUCGCGCGCUCCGGAAAAGCCAUCUUGCACCUGCCACGAUCGAUGUGAGCAUCACUUGAAUCGGACACGGUCCCCUUCACCAAACAGCAGUGAAUAUUUUGGCUACGAGCCUAUCAGAAGAUGCUGUGGUGGAUGCCACGCUAUCAUAUAUGAGUCUGGUCCUUCUCCACAUGCAGAGAAAGCACCUUGCUCAUGCAACAGCCGGUGUGAGCUGCACUCGAACGAGAACCGUUCAUUCGUGCCCAACAGCAGUGAAUCAUCCAGCUCCGAAUCCAUGAUAAAAUGCUGUGGCGGCUGUCAGUCAUCGACACGCGAGCGUCGUUCCCCCGAGACCCGUCCCACCACGCCGAACAGCAGUGAUUAUUCAGACUAUGACUUCCCUCCCAGAAGACGCCGCGGCCACCGCACCUCGAAGCGCGAGUCUGAAAAUGCUCCCCAGCCAGACAGCUGCCGAUGCGAGGUUCACACACCCCCUAGCACACCCCCCACAGCAAGUCCGAAGUACAUGUCCGCUCGCACGUCUUUCGCGACGUCGCCCCGCCUAGUCCCGAUAAUCAACAAAAAUGCUCACCAUCACUGUCGCAAAGCGUCUUACUGCGAAACCCAUCCUGAGCGCUGUCGUGCGCGGACUUCUACCCCUUUACCUAUGCCAAGAGCAACGCCGACACCAACUCGCUCUGCCCAUUUCAGUGAACCCCCGCCGAAUGGUCGUAGCUCUCGCAAUAAACACACUCAGCCGAGAAGUACAACCAAGCGGCCUGCUUCUCCGUCCAAGCAGAUGCCAAUUCUAAGGACUAUGCCUUCUUCGAAGUCUGAAGGCCACCGGCCAGAGCACCAGCAUCGCAGUUACUAUUACAUGGACGGGUAUCAUACCGAUGACGCUGGCUAUUACACCACUUAUGAUGAUGACUCUGCGUCUGAGACUUCCAAUAUGGCUGCCUCUGGCUUCGAUGCACAUGCGGAUGAGUCGCUCUGCAUGAAUUAUCACCGCUGUCGUCCGAGGUUCGAGUGCGGUCAGGGCUGGGUGUGUGGGAGAGAGUGA